GCGGAAGAAAUGUGGAGUGAAAAACUGAUCCGCUGACACAAAGGACCGAGAAACACUAAAACAAACACACACACUCACUCAGCCCGGGUUUAAACAUUCCCAAACUCUGUAAUACAAGAGGAUUUAAAAUUCCAGGCGAUUCCGGAUGGAGUGAAGAGGAUAACACCAGGGCUCGGGACACUAAACGAGCUGCAGAUGGAGGAGGUCGGAGUCAGCGCUGCCGCAGUGCUGCCCGGAGCACUACCCGGAGCGCCUCAGCCCACCUUCUGUCGAACCUCCACCUCCGAGCGCCGUAUGCGCAAAUCCGGCUCGGCCAACAUCUUCCAGGGGGUGAACCUGCGCCAGCUCCGGCGCCUCUUCCACUCGGCCGGGGAACCGGACGCCGAGCAGAAAGCCAGGCAGGUCUGGAGGAACCGGAGAAGAGCCGACGGAGACGAGGAGGACGGGGACGGAGACGAGGUCUCGGACGAGGAGGAGGAGGAUGAAGGGCUGGCACAGGCACUGGUGGGGCUCCGGGUGAGGGCGAGGACGCGCAGCGGGAUACGAGCAGAGACCGGCAGAGGGGUCCGGGCGUUCGGGCACAGCAGAGCGAACGAGCGGACGCCAUCCGAGAUCCCGGCCGACGACGAUGCUAAGUCACGUGACCCGGCGGAGGAGGAAGACACGCGGGUGAUGUGGAGCCGGGAUGAGAAAGAUCCGGAACGCUACCUGCACCGGAUACGGCACUGACGCCACAAACUACACAGACGACACCAUGAAGUAGCUGCAACACUAUAAACUCAACCCCAGCCGCCACCAGGGAGCUGAAAUGUGAACACUAGGAUGGAGAGACACUACAGAGCUGCUGCUCACGUGUGUUUAGCGCAAAGCUGCUGCUGCUGCUGAGGCGAAUUAUCGAAGAAACACGACACGCUCCACACUACAAUCCCGAAACCCUCACUGCAUUACUAUGCCACAGACACAUGUUAACGUGACGUCACGUAACAACCUACACUACAGGAAGCUGGAAGACGGAGAGAAAACAAAUCCAGGUCCAAAUUCAUCUAGAGGUUUAAAUGCUGCUGAAACAAUCCUAGCAGAAACAGCACGGUUUCAGCACUUCGGUGCUUGGACCCUUAACGACCCGGAAACAACGUCUACCUCUGUACACCACGUCCCACAAAAAUAAUCUAUAUUUCACAAUCUUCGACUUCGAUUUGGAAUCUUCUAGAAGAUUGUAUACCUCAGGAAAUGUCAAAUUAGGAAAGAAAAAUGUUUUCCGGUCCCGUGUCAUGCUGUUACGAGCAUUAUUAUUAAAAUAACGUGUUGCUACAGAAUAUUUUCACACGUUAUUAUGAUCUGGUCCUGAGUCUGCUCUGUUCUGCUGUUUACUGAAGCGACGGGUUUUUUCCCGCAGCACAAUGUUCCCUCUACAAGUCGAAGGAACGUCCUAUUGAGGCUGUUUCGCGUAUGAGAGUCUUCGAGAGUUAGCGGUAUUGCGAUGAACACACCGCGCGGCGUACGGCUCUGAUAUCUGCACACGUCUGAGAGCACACGUCUGAUUCAGUUCAGAGAAACACUCUGUGAGAAGUGAUGCUCGGUUUGAGCAACAAACAAACAAAAACACAACAAAACAAACUUCAUUACGUCAUUAAAGCGUCUCCGUGUGGACACUAGGCCCUGCUAGUACUUGAGAUUCACGUCGUCUUCUUCUGUAGCAUGCUAGCAAUAUACGCUCCAGCGUCCAGUGAUGGUGAUUAAUAUGCAUUGAAGAGCAAACGGCUCGUUCUUCCACAUCGAUGUGUUUUAUCACUGAGAACAAUCAAUACACUCUGAGGAGGAGGAGGAGCAGGAGGAGGAGGAGGAAGAAGAGUAGUGGAGCGUAGAGAAAUAAUAUUUAGCUACACUAGGUUUUUUUUUUUUGCUCCACUGUGGACUGAACUCUAAACACAUGAACGUCACACUAACAGGACAGGUAGCCGGCUGGAUUCUCCGGGAGUUCUUCUGGAGUUCUUCAGGUGGUUCCCGAGAACAAGAACUCUUUCAGGAUGUUAAAUGGACCUAGGUUUAUUUGUGCUGAUGCCCAGUGUGUACGGUAGCUAACAUGUUUUAAGGAAUCAUCAUUUUGGCCCCAGUGGAUUGUGGGUAAUCCUCAAGGCUACGUCAUUAGUCCACUAUUGUUUUCUAAGCCUUUGUAGCAAACUCAAUUACAGGCAACACUAAGAGGACAAAAACUAAACUACACUACAGCACUCUGGGUCACGAAGUGAUGUACACCCAUCAGCCAUAACAUUAUGACCACCUGCCUAAUAUGUGUCGGUCCCCCUUCUGCUGCUAAAACAGCCCUGACCUGUCGAGGCAUGGACUCUACUAGAUCCAGAACGUGUGCUGUGGCACCAAGAUCUUAGCAGCAGAUCCUUUAAGUCCUGUAAGUAAGCCUCCACGGGCCCAACAUCACAGCUUAAAGGACACUUUUGAUAGAUACUGACCACUGCAGACCGGGAACACCCCACAAGAGCUGCAGUUUUGGAGAUGCUCUGAUCCAGUGGUCUAGCCAUCACAAUUUGGCCCUUCAUCAAACUCAAAGCUCAAAUCCUUACUCUUGUCCAUUUUUCCUGCUUCUAACAUCAACUUUGAGGACAAAAUGUUGACUUGCUGCCUAAUAUAUCCCACCCACUAACAGGUACCAUGAUGAGGAGAUACUCAGUCUUAUUCACUUCACCUGGUCAUAAUGUUAUGGCUGAUAGGUGUAUAUAGAUAUUAACGUGUGAUUCAUUCAUACAUCUGAUAUUAGAGUGAAAAUUAUUGUUAGAAAAGUGAGUUUUUUUAUACAGAUCCAGUGUUUAAGCCAUAAUCGUCCAUGAACAGAAACACUCUGUAUCACGACACUGCACUUCACUUCUUUUCUGUAUUUUCUAUGUCUCUGUUCUCUCUAGCUGCACUACACCUGUAAGAUAUUGUGUUGUGUUUUUGUGUCCAGUUGUGAUUUGUGAAAUUAAAACAGAAACAAACAAGGAACUACUUCCUGUUCCGGUGUUACAGCGUAUAUAUUUUCUGGCUAAAUUACAUUACAUACAAAUUUAUACAGUGCAUUGCACAUCGCCGUGACGUCGUUAAGGUCAGUUUCUCUGACUCGCUGCAGUAAACAAUGUCAGUUAAAAAAAACAAACAAACAAACAAAAACGUUUCAAAAAGAAUGGCGGGGGGGGAGCACUCCAGUGUUUCUGCACAUGCUCAGUUGGGAUCAGACAGCUGCAUGAGCAAGAUACAGGGAAAAUACAGAGAGACAAUUGAAAUGAAAUGUAGGCGGGGCUUGCAAAGGUGUUAAAAUGACACCAAUAAAUGUGAGAAAGGGAGAGAGAGACAAAGAGAAAAAAGAGAGAGAAAAAUAAGAGAGAAAGACAAAGAAGCGAGAAAAAGAGAGCAAGAAAGAGGAAACGCGAGAGA